AUGCGAAGAAAACUUGCAUCUGGAAGAGUUGGAUCCAAGGUCGUCUGGUCCCUGGUGGAAGAACGGCAGAGAUAUUCCUCUAAAGACAUAAUCCCUCAUCUAAAUCAGGAAGAUGGAACUGUUGCAACCAGCAAUCAGGAGAAGGCUGUUCUACUGGCAAACCACCUUGCUGCCAAGAUGCAAGUCCCUGAUCCUGAACGUCAGCCUUCACAUCCUGCUCCAAGCACUGUGUCUAGGAUUACUGAAGUGGUUAUAAAGCAGGCUGAAGUUCUCCAUCUCCUUAAAAUGCUAGACACAAGCAAAGCUGUGGGACCAGAUAAGAAAGGAAGAAAUGCCAACCACUUCAAGACUCAUCAAUCACAAACUUUCAUCGAUUUCUAUCUGGGGAAAAGAAGAAGUGAAGAAGAAGAAGAAGAAGAAGAAGAAGAAAACAGAAGAAAAACAGAAGAAAAGAAGAAAAAAGAAGAAGCAUACAAAGAAGAAGUAGAAGUAGGAAAAGAAGAAGAAGCAGGAAACGAAGGAGAAGAAGAAGAAGAAAAAGAAACAGAAGAAGAAGAGGCAGGAAAAGAAGAUGAAGGCGAAAAAGAAGAAGGAAAAACAGAAAAAGAAGAAGCAGGAAGAAAGAAGAAGGAGAAGAAAAGGAAUAAAAAAAAGAAGGAGAAGAAAAGGAAUAAGAAAAAGAAGGAGAAAAAAAGAGAAUGGCAGAAUCCAAACGAUGAAGUGGGCACACUAGUUCGUGCCACCAAGGCGGAGAUACUAACUCUAGUAAACGAGUACAACCUUAUGGCCCCACAUGGAGCCACUAAAACUGAUUUACCCAACAUCAUUUUGGACCACUUAUUAGAUAAUGAUGCUAUUACACCUGAAUCUCAUGAACAGUAUUUAAUUGCAGACAAGAGCGCCUUGGCAGCCAUGAAAUUGAAGCUAGAACUCGCUAACGGGAACGCGAACGAACGUGAAGCUGCCCUACAACGUGAGCAGGUUGAAUUCCAACGAGAGCGUGAUCAGGAAAUGCUCGAGUUCCGAGAACGGGAACUUGAGAUACAACGUGAACUCUAG